AUGGGAGAACCCGAUAUAAAUACAUUAAUUGCGCGACGCGGCCAAAUAAAGGCUAUAGUAACUCGGUUUCAAAAUUAUCUGAAAUCACCCGAUUGCGACACAAAACAAAUACCACCACGUCAGCUCAAAAUAGAAGAAGCUUGGCAAAACUUCGAGUUAGUGCAAACAGCGAUUGAAGAAUUAGAAAAUAGUAUUGGCAUAACAGAUCAUUCACAAUAUAGAAUUGAUUUUGAAAAUUUAUUUUUUGAGACGGUUGCGGAGGCCGAACAAAAAAUUAGUUCUAUUAGAGCAAACCAAAACGAAACAUCAUUCCGUAACUCGAAUAACGGAGAGAACAUUAAUUCGACAUCUUCGAUCAUAAAAUUGGCAGCGUUAAAUAUACCAGUAUUUAAUGGUAAUUAUAAUGACUGGGUACCGUUUAAAGAUAUUUUUACUGCAUUAAUUCACACAAAUAGUAAUUUAACAUCAAUUCAAAAAUUCUUUUAUUUACGUUCUUCUCUUAACGGUGAUGCAGCAAAUUGCAUAAAAAAUUUUGAAACUACGGCUUUAAAUUACGAACACGCCUGGAAAACGUUAACUGCGCGUUACAAUAAUGAAAAAUUAUUAAUUCAAUGUCAUGUAAAAGAUAUUUGUGAGUUAAACGUAGUUAAAGAUAAUUCAUCGGAUAGUUUGCGAAUGUUUUCGGAUUCACUGCGUGCUCAUAUAUCGGCACUCGAAGCGUUAAAGCAACGACCAACCGAUUGGGGUCCGCUACUAAUACACAUAAUAUGUUCAAAAUUAGACUCAAACACGCUCACUAAAUGGGAGGUGAAAUCGCCAAAAACCGAAAUUCCAAAGAUCGAAGAUCUAAUGAUAUUUUUAAACGAUCGUGCACAGAUUCUAGAAGCAGUAGAAUCGUCGAAAAAUCUUAUAAAUAAUAUAAAUACUAUAUCGACAUCGGAAAUUAAAGACAAAGUUAAUCGAAAAAAUAGUCACAAUAAAACUCGCACAACUUCUAUGGCGUUCACAACCACCGCCGAAGUAAGCUGUUUUAUAUGUUACUUAAAACAUACUAUUUACAAAUGUCCCACGUUUUUGGCACUAUCAAUAAACGAUCGUAUUAAAAAGGUUAAUGAAAUUGAAUUGUGUAAAUUAUGUUUACGUAAACAUGAUUCAAAAAAAAGGUGGUUAUCCCGAAAUUGUUUCAAAUGCGGAAAAACACAUAAUACAUUACUACAUAUUGUCCAACAUAAAAUUAAUAAUAAUGCGAGAUCGACAACGGAAGAAAAAUCAAAUCCCUCUUCAACUCAAAUCGACGGAAAUUCCACGAUAAACGCGCAUUCGCAUGACAAAAACCACGAACAGGUACUUUUAUCGACAGCGAUCGUACGAGCAUUUGGCGAAAAUAAAAGUUCGUCAUUAUGUCGUGCAUUAUUAGAUUCCGGUUCACAAAGUAAUUUCAUUACUGAAGAAUUGGUACAAUGCAUAAAAUUAAAAAGAACGAAAACUAAUCAUCAAAUUAGUGGUAUCGAAACAACAGUACAGCAUGCCCAUUCGUACGUUAUCGCUCAAAUGAAAUCAAAAUUUAACGACUAUAGUAUUACCUUAAAAAUGUUAGUAGUGUCGAAGAUUACGAACGAUAUACCGGCGAAACACAUAUAUAAUACAGGUCAAGUACCGCAGAACGUAAGUUUAGCUGACCCACUAUUCUGGUCUCCACAGAAAGUUGAUUUAUUAAUAGGCGCGACACAUUUCUACGAUUUAAUGGGUGAACGUCGAAUUACACCUGCACCAAACGGUCCAAUAUUUCAAGAGACAAAGCUCGGAUGGGUAGUAUCGGGGCCUAUACAAAUGUACAAUCAUAUGGUUGAACCGUUAAGUAACAGUAUAUGUCACACUGCGUUGACACAUACCGACUUGACAUUAGAAAAUAUGUUACCACGAUUUUGGCGUGUAGAAGAAUUUGAAGGAGAUAACACCUAUACUAUUGAAGAAAAGACAUGCAAAAGUUUUUUUGACAAAACGGUGAUAAGAGAACCAGAUGGUCGAUUUACCGUACAUUUACCAUUUCGUGAAAAUUCAUUACGCUUAGGCGAGUCUUACAAUAUCGCUAAGCGUCAUCUAUUAAAUCUGGAAAGUCAUUUUUCAAACAAUGCAAGAUUAAAAAAUGAAUAUACACAUUUUAUGAAUGAGUAUAUAAGUUUAGGACACAUGGAACGAGUACAAGACGACCCAAUUAACGAUAAAAAAUAA